CUGAAGUGUCUGCUGAGCGUUGUUACACCUAUUGUCUUUAGGCUAUUUCACUAUACAGGAAGGGGGACACAGAGCCCCUUUGCAAACGAAAUGCGACGAUGAUCGGGAACUUACUGAAAGCCAAUGACGCUCCUUAGCUAAAUGGCAUAAGCUUCUUUGUGUUUACCGUAAUUGAUAUUGGCUCCUUCUAUAGAGUUCUUGUGUCCCGGUGAAAGCCGGAGGCGGCAAUCCCAUUAGUGCUUUAGGAUACAAGGGAAACAAUGGCGCCAAAGAAGAGUCUUAAAGGGAAAGUCGAGGACCUGAUCAACCCUCUGGCGUACAAGUCCAACCUACAAGCCCUCGGCUUCUUGCGGAACUUCGUCGCCGUCAUCUCGGGAAUCGUCGUCGGAAUUUGCGGAGUUGUGGGUUGGCAUGGGUUCAUCUACCACUUCGUGGCGCAGCUGGCGUGUGCAGCAACCAUGGUCCUGAAGGGCUGCACCAACCCACGCAACUUCUUCAUUAACUGGAACAACCUGCUGUUCUUCGGGGUGUUCUCCUCCACUACGCUGCUGUCGUACAUCUUGUUCUGGAUGAUAUUCUACAACCUCUGCCACGUCUUCUGAACAGCCUGGUUUACAGCCUGGUCUGCAUCGCCUGGUUCGCUAUCAAACGCUUUGCCGCGUGGUUUCAAGUUGGAACGGUCCCCACGGGCCGUCUUAACCUCCUGGAUUGCCCUCACAGCCCGCGUUCGGGGCUGGCUGGGAGAUUAUCACUACCACCACCGCAGCAGCAGCAACUGGGAAGCUAGGCUUGCAGUUAGUGGCUUGGUGGCACUGUAGUUUGCGUAACAGCGUCUUUGGUGUUUACUUUAGAAUGAGCAGGGUUAGGGCGUUGUGAGGAGGCAAGGGUUACUAAUAGACAAGUGUGGGAACAAGCAGCAGGCGGUCGCAGCUGAAGGAAGGGGCCCUACCUGGAGCUGAGGAGCCCUUGGUAACGAACCGAAAUCCAGGAUACCUUUAUAUUGUGCUCAUUAAAGCGGUGGCACCGUUUUCCUAAGGCGGAGUGCUGCACGGAAGCGAAGGAGCGAUGGACGUAGCCUCGAUACAUUAGUGAGAUUCCCCAUGCGAGAAUGUUGCUGUUUGGGUGGCAGUGGAAGCCUGUUAAGCGGGCUGGUGGCUGUCUUUGACGCUAGUACGGCCACGGCACUAAGGUGGGUUAUACGCUGGGUCGAGCGGCUGUCCAGGAGUGAAGAGCUAAAGACACGUUUCUGUUGUUGAGUCCAGCUUC